CAUUUACUCGACAUUCCAUCCGAGUUCUCGGAAGACCAAGAUGCAAGGAUCGUGUGCCUGAAAGGCCGGGUUGGUGGGGAGCUUAUGAUUGGUUUGCUGAACUGCUCCGCCACUGCUGCCUCCUGAUGGUACUUGUGCCUCUUCGGGCGACGCGAGGGAUGAGCUGAGAAUCCGUUCCCGCUUCACCCUGACAUAUCAUCAUUCGUUUGGCAUGACAUUGGUGCUUCAUUUCCUCUAACAUUCAUUUUUUUGUAAUCGCUCUUUGCCAUCAUGGGCAAGCCAAGUACUUCAUCGCUUCCCGGCAUUGCCGGGAGCAGCUCAGAAGCUGACGCCGUGUCGCUUCACACCCAACCUGGCGAGCAUGCGUACGACGAUGAUGUGCCGGAGCUGCAGCCUGCAGACUUGCCGCCUCCCUACUCGGACAUUGAGCCUGGCACAGCUGACAACGAGCCUGUUCUCCCAACCAUUGCUCGCCCUUCGUAUAUUCUUGUCGACCUCGCAGAGAAAGAUCUGUACACGGUUGAUGCCAACACUGGCGCCGAAUCCUUCAUGUGCGAAAUCCUCGACAAUGACCCGGUACUCCUGGAACGUCAAAUCAAACUUUCAGCAGCCAAACCGCCUCGUCCCUCGGUCCGCAUCCGCGGCACCCGCAGUCAGACCGUUCGGGAGAACGGCAAGUCGGAGAGGAAAACCGUUACCGACUUCGAUGUGGUGGUCGAGCUCACGCCCUACCUCUUCUCGGAUGCCCCUAGAGGCCAGUCUUGGAGACGACUGCGCACCGUCGAGAACACCGAGAAGACUCGGCGAGGCACCAUCUUCCCGAAACGUGCCCCCGGCGUGCGGCGAGAUAUCGAAAUCUCCAACCCGAAGCCCGCCCUGGCCGAGUGGUGCCAUCGGUACUGCGCAAGUCAUGCCGGUGUCAAGGCAUUCGUCCUGCGUCGCCAGGUAACUGGCUUCGACCAGGAGAAGCUGAAGCUGAAGCUGGAAACCCUGGUCCGCGGCACAAACUACCGGGGACACAUCGACAUCACGUUCCCUGUCAAGGAUGACUACGUCGUGGUGUACAACGCCUGCAGAGUCAAUCGGUGGCGAUUAACGCCAUGGAUCGUUUGGUUCUGCUAUCUUACCUUCUUGUGGCUGUUCACCUGGCCCUUCCUCUUCUUCAGGACGAAGUGGUUCGAGGUCGCCAUUGCCGAGUGGCCUUUCUCGGUCACGGAAGCGAAUGGCGACAAGCGAUAUGUCAGCAUGUCUGAGGAGCAUAUCUACAACCUUUGGGGUCGCGCCAUCAGCCGGGCGGUUCUGUCGAAACGUCAGGGUACGCUGUCAGAGGAGGACCUCAUCGCCUCACAGACCACUCCGGACGAGCCAUUUGCCGGUUUGCUGGAACACGCACCUAGGUUCCUCAGGGACGGCGUCAAUGCCAUAUCCGCAGUAAAUCGCCAAUUGGGUUGGGGCGGAGAUUCGUGGUAACGCCCUGCGAAUGUUAUCAACAAUUCUUAGCUUAUCGAUAGUUUAGGAUAAUGCGAUAUUUUUCUAUGGCAAGUCUAAGUCUCGCCGCUGGCGUUCGAUAAUUUGUCUCUCUGCUCGACAUGGCGUUUAUUUUACUCUCUAGCCUUAGUACUCUCCCCAACAUGGCCCUUCAUUCGAUAUUUGGUAUUAACAGCAUCCUGCAAACUCUUAGUGGAAGCAAC